AGUUCAGAGCCAGUAGUAUUAACCAGGUCUCACCUCCAUUCCUCUCUCUCUCUUUCUCUCUCUUCUUUUUCUUCCCCCAAUUCUUCAAUUUUCUCUCUCCUCCAAACCCUAGCGACUCUCCGUUCAAUUUUCCGAGCACUCUUUGCAGAAUGCCGGAGCUUCUUCUUCCAUUCCGUCAUCGCUGUGAUUUGAAGUGGAGUUGUUGAAAACUUGAAAUGACGGUUUUCUCCGGCGAAAUGAGCUCGGAAAGGGACGAUCGGAGUGUUCUUGCUCCGUCGGAGACGAACGCACAAGGACUCUCCAAACGGUCAAGAAUCAGAUAUACAAGGGCGUUUCUAGUCUCUUUAGCGAAUUUGAGUACAGAAAAAGGAUUACCUAGAGGAAUUGAACCGUCAGUUUUAUGUGAACUUGAUUUUCGAUUGGACCGGCCAUUGCAAGCUUCUUAUGAAUCAGAUUGUGAGAGUUGUCAUGAGAACCUACAUAAAGGUCUGCUCAGUUCUGAGAAUGUUGGACUUCUGGGACCUGGUUCUUUACUGGGAGUCCAUGGUGACAUUGCUGAUGCUCCUCCUCCCAAGGUUGAAGAAAGUAUUCUUCCUCUACUCCAUAAGAGCAAAGAACCAUAUCGGCCUCCACGCCUUUUUAAGGCAGAUUGGAAUGAUUAUAAGGACGAAGUAUUGGUUUCUCCUGAGUAUCUGAGUAAAAGUGAAGGACAGAAGCAAAACUGGAGACGAGAUUUUUCUGAGGUGAUGAGGGAAGGACAGAAGGAAGCAUUCCAAGAGAAGCAAAAGAAAAAUUCAAAUGAGCAUGACGAAAAUCUGAAAUUUAUCAUGCCACUGGAGGUGCCUGAAAGUGAUGAGAUAAUUGAUUCCCUUGGACCACAGCAUUCUGAUAGUACCGCAAAUCACACCAAGAGCCCUGCAAUUUGUAGUUCUGAAUUUGCUCAUCAGUUUCCUGCUAUAGAGGAAGUGCCUGCCUACAGCAUCUCUUGCGCUGAAGGAUCUGAAUCGAUAGCUCAUGGCAUCUCAAAUGAACAUUCCAACAAGGUUCCAGACGAGCAUUUGAAAUCUACUACAGAUGAAACCUCCGAGCAAUCAUAUGGAUGUAAAAUCCCAGCUGUCAUUCUAGGAGUUCUUGCAUGCAUCGGCCUUGAACACAUUCUUAAACCAGAGACUAAAGAAAUUAGUUGUUCUAUGCUCUGGGAUGGUUGUGAUGCAGAGGACAGCAAGCAAGAUUCUGCCAAUCAUCAUGGUUCUCAUCACCUUCUGUUAUUGCCAGAGAAAGGAACUGAACAGAAGGACACGACAGCAUCUUCAAAGCUAAAUAUAGCAUCAGAUGAGCUCCAUCCUAGUGACAGUAUACAUGACAACAAGAAGCUUAUAUUUUUGAGUCAGGGAAAUGCUGGACAGUGUGAAAAGGAUCUGACUCGAGAACCAUCGUAUGGAACAAGUUCCACAAAGGGAUUGCAAUUGACUGAUGCAUCUUCUUGCAUUCGACAGAGUUCUGUAGGCAGGGCAACAAGGAAAAGUGUUUCAAAAACAUGCAGGUUCUUCUUUCCAGUUGCAAACAAGAAUCACUUGGCUUCUGCAAUUAGCAAAUAUAAACCCAGUGUGAUCAACAGUGAAGACAUCGGGUUCUCAAGUUCUACUGAUCAAAGUAAGGGAAGGGAAAACCAGUCAGUCUCUGAUGGUUUAAAACUGAAUCCUGUCUGCUGCUCUGAUGAAAAAGACACUUUGCCCCUUGAACUUUGUUUGCCUGAUGAGGACAGCUUAAUUACAGUGGAUGAUUUCAGGAUCGUGUCCUACAAGGAUAUGGUUGAGCGAAAUGAAAUCAAAGCUGAUAGGGUAAUCCCAAGUGCACCAGUUGAUAGUUCUAGGAAGCCGAUGGAGACAAAAAUUGGAAUGAAAGAUGAAAAAUCUACUCAUGUCUACAAAAGUGAAGUACCAGUUUAUCAGGGGAAGUCAUCUUACCGUGCUUCACCAGCUCUUAUAAAUUCUCAGGUGAAAGCUGUUAAUCCAAAGUUCAAGCCUCAGAAUACAUCCAACCGAGCUUUCUCUACGAAUGUGCUUCCCACCACUUUCCAUCAGUCCCAAGUCAAACCACAUCAGCAACUGCAGCAGACACUCUUUACAGAAACGGUUCCAACUACUUACAUGCCGGAGCUGUACCAUGUCCAAGCUUUUCCCUGGAACUACCAGACGUCAAGUUAUGGAUGUGUGCCAGUGCCAACUCCAGGGUUUCAGCCCUAUGGCGGGACUAAUCUUCUUGGAACUCAGAGCAAUGCAGGGACAGGCUAUUACCUUGGUUGGCAAUAGUUGGGAAUUGGUAUUAACAACAGCAAUAGAAUCCAGAUAAAAAAAAAAACAA